GGUUACUGUGAACCUCCGCCUCCUGAUGUCAUGCAACUCUAUUACGAGAUGGCAUUAUUUCAGUGUAGCCGGCAGUAUAGCGGCCUGGUUUCUGUUUAUCUUUAUAUACUCAGCCAUAAUGACAUCAUUUGACAGACAGGAAAAUGCAUACUUUGUGAUUUAUGUUCUGAUGAGUACCUUUUUCUUCUACCUGACACUAAUUCUUGUUCCGGUCAUCGCUCUCUUUGGUGACUUCCUAUAUCUAUCGAUUCAGCGAUGGCUAUUCCCCUAUGACUACCAAGUUGUUCAAGAGAUGCACAAGGAUGACCCCCAUGAAUACAGCAUGAUACGUCUUCUAGAGAGGAGCCGCUUGAGCCCUGAAGAAGCAAGAAGCUAUGCGAUUUCCAUGCUCCCCCGAGAGAACUCCAAGCACACUGGUUUUGCUUUCGACUCCCCGGGCUAUGAGUCAUUAUUUUCAUCACAGCAAGGUGUCUGUGUGCCUCACAAGCCAUGGGAUGUCGCAAGGAGAGCCAACAUGAAGCAGCAGCGGCAGCAGCCACAACGAACAGGAAGAUCCUAAUCCUGGAUUCAUGUAAAAAGUUUUGUACAUCAUGUUCUUUUGCCGCAGACCACAUGAUUGUGUAUAAGUAGCCUUGUAGCCUUUUAUAUUGUUUGUCACCCAAUAUGCUAUGCUAGCGAUGUUAGUAGGUGGCCAUUGAUCCUGUUGGCUGAAGAAUCAGGUAGGCAUGCACUUGGUUAAACAAAGUGGAAACUGGGAAAUGCAGUUAGCAAAAUUCUUUGUGACUUUUACAGAAUUGGAUGUUACUGAAAUUUGUCUUGUCUUUGUAA